UAUACCAAUCCAUUCCAACUUGAUGAACCAAACACCCCUAAGUGAUUAACGACCCCAAUAUUUUUUAAUUGAAAAAAAAAUUCAAAAUUGAAGAAAUAAAUAAACCCACAAAUUUUCGUCAAACUAGCCGUUACCCCCAAGCGCUCCUCACCAUCCUUCUACUGGUUUGUUCCUCCAACCAGCAAUUCCACGAAACUUGUCAAAUUCAUUUUCUCUGAACUCAAUUUCUGAAAUUCCAAAUGUUUGCUCAAGGUUUGGAUCAAACUGCUAUCAAUUGGAUUAAACAGGGCAAAGAGGAUGUGAUGGAGGCUGGACCUUCCUCAGUGGAUAACUUUGAGUAUGGAACAGUUUUUAAAUCAUCUCCACUUCUUCGCAGUGGAAGCAAUUAUAUGUCACCCAAAACCUUACCUCCUUUAAAGUUCCAUUCUGGUUUGCUUGGCAAACAUAGUACGUCAACUUUUGAUCUAUGUGAAUCCGACAAACAUACUGUCAGUAAUGACAGCGAUGAAGAAAGUGUUGCUUCAGCCCCAUAUGAUAUGGAUGGUUAUUUUUCUGAGAAUUUCGACCAAGACUUUUCCAGGUGCAACGAUAUCAAAGAUUUUGAGAAGCCCAUUCUUCAUGACAAUGAUGAAGAAAUCACUGAUUUACAAGCUAGCACAAAUUUGAGAAGCAAACAGCCAGUGGCUUUGAUAAAUAGAGGAUCAUCUAACGUUGAUCUUAAAGUGGAGUUGCCAAAGGCUACCAAGAGAUUCAGUGAUAUGGUGCUUAAUAAACACGAGGAGCACUACAUGACUCCAGAUAGUUGUCAUCAUCCUCUCAAUAAUGUUUACCCUCUUAACGCACAGGAUACUUUCUUUAAUCGUAGUAAAUAUAAUGAUGUAGGAGACUUGGGUACCCCGAGUGCUCCUCCGGUCAAUGCUGAUGGAGAGGAGGAGGUACAUGAGCCUAAAGAUGAAAAGAAAUACACGACUGUAAUGGAUGGUACAAUGGAUGGAUUAACCAGCAAUGGACUAUACAUGCCCGGAGUUGGAGAUUGCUAUGAUGAGUCUAAGCCAAUUAUAUCAGAAAUAACAUCAGAAACUUUGGAAUACAAUGAUUUAAUAGAAAAAAUAAAUCAUGCAACCACUUCCGUGAAAGAAGAAAUGCUCACACCCCACUUUAUGCCAGAGAUUAUGAAUCCACCUCCUUGUUAUGAUACUAGUGGCCAACAUGCCUUCCAAACCCUUGUAGCAUAUGAUGCCUGCAUUCGACUAUGCUUGCAUGCAUGGUCAAAAGGCUGCCCAGAUGCACCCGAGUUUCUACGUGAUGAAUGCCUUAUCCUUCGGACAGCUUUUGGGCUGAACAAGAUCCUGCUACAUCCACUUGGUAUGCAGACAGAAAAAGGUGGAGACUAUAAGACUGCAGAAGAAACAUGCUGUAGGAAGCCAAAUAAAGUACUCCACAAGAUUAGGGUGGAAGUGAAAAAGCUACGCAUUAUACCAAGAAAAAAACUUAAGAGCACGUUCUCGCAGCGAGGUGCGUUAUACAUGCAAACAGGAACAGAGUAUGUGCGACAUGUUUCGUCACUAGUGAAAACCAGCAUCAACUCAUUUAUGAACUCGUCAUUAUCCCUUACACGUGAAGAGCCUCUGUCAUGCAUAUUCUUUCUAAAGAGCUCCACGGAAGAUGCUCAAAUUGAUUCUGGCUCGGCAGUAUGCUUACAUUCAGGAAUUGGCGAGUACCAUGACUUCUUUCCAGAAAGUCAAGGGGAUGUUCUUCACGUUGAAGUUAGAGAUACAAAACAAAUGACCCUUGGUCAUGCUUCCAUUCCACUUUCAGUGCUAGCUGAGAACCCUAGUGACAAAGUUCGAUGGUGGCCUAUCUACCACGAUGACCAUGAGUGCAUUGGAAAGAUCCAACUUUUUAUGGCUAGUUUAAUUACAGAUGAAGAAGGUAGACAUACGAAGAGUAGUGCUGUCGUUGAAACUCUUGCAUAUGAUAUGUUGCUGGAAGCUGCAAUGCGUGCACAACACUUCCAUUCACGCAAUUUGUGUUUAUGUGGUCCUUGGAAAUGGUUGUUAAAUGAGUUUGCAGACUAUUAUGGGGUACCAGAUUCUUACACAAAGUUAAGGUAUCUUCUGUAUGUUAUGAAAGUGGCUACUCCAACAAAAGAAUGCUUGGAGCUUGUACUGGAAUUGCUUAUGCCUGUUAUAAAAGCUAGAGAUGAAAAAAGAUUAAAUAGACAAGAGAAAACCAUUUUCUUGGAAUGCGAAACACAAGUUGAGACUCUCUUGGCAACUGUUUUUGAAAAUUACAAGUCAUUGGAUGAACAAUCAGCCACGGGUUUGACAGAUUCACUAACUCCGGUACCGGAGACUGCGUCCAUAGCUUUGGCUCCAGCAGUGCAAGUUUACUCCCUUCUUCAUGAUAUUCUUUCCCAAGAUGCACAGGCAGUCUUACAGAAGCAUUUGCAGACUGCAGCUCUGAAAAGGUGUCGAAGGCAUAUGUUAGAGGCAGAUGAAUUCAUGUCAAGCAACUCUGAGAAUAUCCUGACAGACCCAAUAUCUAUCUCCACAGCAUAUAUGAAGAUAAAGAACCUUUGCAUCAACAUAGGUAGAGAGAUUUUAGCAGACAUCAAGAUCCACAAUCAGCAUAUACUUCCCAGUUCAAUUGACCUUUCAAACAUUACUGCUACCGUUUGUAGCACUGAAUUGUCAAAGAGGCUUAAAGGGUUCCUUGCAGCAUGUCUUCCAUCAGGUCCUUUGCCACAUGUGAAUGAACUUCUGGCAGCAAUUUCUGAUUUUGAGAGGGAUCUGGAAACAUGGAAAGUAAGUCCUAUUCAAGGUGGUGUAGACUGCAAGGAUCUAUUCCACAAUUAUAUAAUGGUGUGGAUACAAGAGAUGCAACUUGAAAUGCUAGAUCUAUGCAAGGCAGAAAAGACACCAUGGUCUGGGAUAACAACCAACCUCUCUACCUCACCAUUCACAGAGGAUAUGUAUUCAAAGAUAAAGAAUGCCUUAACACAGUAUGAAAUGGUUAUCAGCCGGUGGCCUCAGUACUCGUUAGUUUUGGAAAGUGCUGUUGCUGAUAUCGAGAGAGCAAUCUUAAAAGCACUGGAAAAGCAGUAUAGUGAUACUUUGGCUCCUUUAAAAGACAGCAUUCCGAAGAAGCUUGGUAUGCAUGUUCAGAAACUGGCUAGACGACAGUCAGUAAUAAUCUAUGUGGUCCCAAAUCAACUGGGUACUUUUAUAAACACUGUCAAGAGAAUGGUUGAAGUUCUACAUUCUCAAGUUGAGGAUAUAUUAAAAACCUGGGCUUCAUGUUUGCCCACAAUUGGCGGUGAAAAGUUGUCCUAUGGGGAGCAGAUGAACGGUAUAACUGUUUUGCUGAAGACAAAGUACAAAAACUACAUGCAGGCUUUAGUGACCAAACUUUAUAGCAAUAUGCAAGCUAAUCGAAACACACAGCUUAAGAGAAUCCUGGAAGAAACAGCAGACUCGGACAGUGAGCCUGAGGUUCGUGAGAGAAUGUUGAUGCUGAACUCCCAACUGAUUGAUUCAAUAGCCAAUUUACAUGACGUUUUCCCAAGUCAAAUAUUUGUGGCACUUUGUCGUGGAUUUUGGGAUAGAAUGGGGCAGAGUGUAUUAAGGUUCCUCGAGGGAAGGAAAGAGAACCGUGUCUGGUACAAAGGAUCAUAUUAUGCCCUUGGGAUAUUAGACGAUGUAUUUGCUUCCCAGAUGCAACGAUUGCAAGGAAACUUCCUACAGGAGAAAGAUAUAGAACCGCCCAGGUCGGUGGUGGAGGCUCGCUCCAUGCUUUGUAGAGAUGGAACAAACGGAACAAAUCAAUCAAAUUAUUUCUAUAUCUAGUAUGCCACUGUGCCCCACACCCCCACCCCCCCCCCCCUACAUUUUGUGUAAUCAAUUAUCUGUCUAUUCUUUUUAAAUUCUGUUGUAUUAUGUAUAGUCAUGUAUUUUUCCCUUUAUUUUUUUAUUCUUUGUGUACAUAAAACGAGUCACAUUAUGAUAGAUAGUUCAAUUGAAAAUAACUACUACAUUCAUUUCAAAAAAAAAAAAAAUGUCCUGGUGUUCGUGCUUAGAUUGCCCUGACAAAUUUGGGGUACUGGUUUGACAGUAUUGCUUGAUCAUUAUUUAUUAGAGUAUUUAUACAAAACCUGAAACAAUCUUCUUUAAAAUACCAUAUCCAUAAAUAGAUAUAUUCACUAAAUUUAUUAUUCUCUUAAAUUUAUUAUUCUCUUAAAUAUAUCUUGACAUAGAUAAUAUUAAACUUAUUAUUCUCUUAAAUAUCAAUGUAUCCCACAUAUAUUUUCCGAUAUGGAUUAUAUUAUAUC